AUGAAGCUCAAUAUCGGUCUUACCACUCUUGCUAUAAGCUCCUUAGUGUCAGCUUAUUGUAUGAAAUCAAUAUUGCAACCUACAUUGCAACCCACCCUGAAACCAACGUUCGUGGAGAGCCAGGAAGCUAUCCUGAGCGAAGAAUACAUCCCUGGCAAAAACCACCUAGAAUAUUGCUCAAAACAAAAAGGGGACGAACCCUUAGAUCUUCUUGAAAUCAACAUUGAUCCCAUUGACCCAGACCUGAAUGAAUGGAACCAAGUUGAGAUAUUCGGAUUUUUGUACGAGCCACUGACGCCCGGCACCUACCUCAGAAUAACGGAUUCGAUGUCAGGUAGAGUACUUGUGAGGCCGAUUGAAAUUUUCGAGUACAUGGAAACCCUUGGCAUCGAACCACCACGAGACACUGGAGUAUUUCAUAUGAAAUUUUACUUGUUACCCGAAACCCAUUAUUUGGCAACAAAGAAGAUUACCUUGCAGCUAUACGAUAGAAACGAAAGAGAGUUUUUCUGUGUGAAGAGUCCAGUGCAGGCCAGUUAG